GUCCAGCUGCGAGUGAAAAUGAAAUAAGUAUCAACGUUUAAAGUCGUAUAAAUAGCGGGUUUUUGAAUGCCAGCUCUGUAUCUUUUCAUGGUGAUUGAACCACGCAACACAACUGAGUGAAAAUACAUCAUAUCCGUUCAGUUCAGUGCAUUUAAUGAUGUUUGCAGUUGCAGUACAGUUUGAAGGCAUGUGAAGACUACACUUAACACUGUACACAUAACACACAGCAGAGCAAGGAUUCAAUUUUCAAAUUCUGAGGGUUGUUUGAAUGACUUUUGAUGAAAAUUCAAAAUGGUUGUACACAGAUCAAGUUCAGAUGUUGACUCUGAUGAUUCUAACAGUAUCACUGAUGAAGCCCAACCGGUGUCUCUUAAAAGGGAUUCCAAUUCCAGUCAGGGAAAAAUCAGAGAGUCUUCCAGACCUUCUGUGUUUAGUCUGUCCCCGGCCAAGAAACACAAGCUCAAUGUCAUUGUGCUCUCCGUAGCGUUCCUGUUUAACUUCACCGCCUUCUGUGCCCUGCAGAAUCUCCAGAGCAGUUUGAAUGCAGUGAAUGGUGUGGCAUCGUUGGCCGUCAUCUACGGGGCCUAUAUCAUAUCUUGCCUUUUUGCUCCCACUUUGAUCCGCAUCAUUGGGACCAAGUGGAGCAUAGUCAUCUGUGUAGCUUGCUUUUCUUUAUACACGGCCUGUAAUUUCUAUCCAGUUGACUACAUACUCAUCCCAGGUGGGGUUUUAGUUGGUCUUGCGGCCGCACCACUCUGGAUAUCCCAAGGGACUUAUCUAACAACCUCUGCCUUCAGGUAUGCCGAGCUCAUGAACGAAGUCCCUGAAGCAGUCGUCAACCAAUUCAAUGGCAUCUUCUUCUUCUUCUUCCAGUCGAGCCAAAUUUCUGGCAAUUUGGUGGCUUCGUUAGUCUUGUACCCUUCCUCCAAUGCCACAGUUCAUUCUCUGGAGAGUUUCACCCACUGCGGGGUGAAUUCAUGCAGUGGUGGGUCUAGUACAGAGUCAGACCAUCCUCUGAAUGACACAGAGUCGUCGUCAAAUACCGGUGAUAAUUUAUCCACUCCAUCCAUGACAGUGACUCUUCUUCUUGGUGUGUAUCUUGCAUGCGGAGGUGUGAGCUUCCUCAUUGCAACUUUCUUGUUGGAUAAGUUGCCCAAAUCUGAAGAUAAAGCCUCACAGAAGACCAACAGUAAUCUGUCUGGUACAUUUCGUCUGUUUCUGCAUCCUAAUCUACUGUUGCUUGUACCGCUAUUCAUAUACACUGGAAUGGAGCAAGGCUUCUUCUUUGGUGACUUUACAAAGGCUUUCAUCACGUGCACCAGUGGUGUCCAUUACGUAGGUUUCAUCAUGAUGGUAUUUGGCAUCAGUGACGCUAUCUUCUCGUUUACCUUGGGCCGUCUUGAGAAGUACUGCGGUCGCAUCAUCAUCUUCACUGCUGGCGGACUGGCUCAUUUGUCGCUCAUCCUUGUCAUAUUAUUUGUCUGGAAUCCGGGAGAAGCUUUGUGGGACCGCUUUCUCAUCGCUGUGGUGUGGGGAUUUGGGGACGCUGUGUUGCAAACACAGAUCUGUUCCAUUGUUGGGGUCAUCUUUCCAGAGAACCAGGAACGAGCAUUUUCCUGCUUUCGUCUCGGCCAAGCCUUUGGUUUCUGCCUGUAUUUUGCCGUGUCUAUAGUAGGUGGUGUAUGUGUGAUACACAAGAUCAUUUUCCUUGGUGGGCUUCUGAUAUGCCAAUAUGUCUGCUACUAUACUUUAGAAUGGCGCUUAAGACGAGUCUCUACUCAUGAUGUACUGAGUAACUCUGAUGAGGCAGAAGCAGUAAAAAAUCAAUCAGACGCUGUUGCUGUAUAGACCUUCACACUUGCCGUAUAAAACAAAUGCCUUUAUAAAUGUUAUUUGGCCUUCUUAGAAAUUGUUCAUGGUGGGGUUUACCCCCCCCCCUCCCCCCUAAAAAAAACAAAAAAACAGAUUGUUUUAUGCGUCUGUAUAGCAUUGCUAGGGGCAGUGUGGUGGCACGUGAAGUGGCGUAACCAGCAAGGGGGGCGGGGGCGAGUGAAAUAGGGGCAUUAACCUAUGCCCCCUCUCCACUAAAAAAAACCCCAAACAAAACGAGACCGAAAAACUUCCCAAAUGAAUGGUUUGAUACAGCAUUCCCCCCCCCUAACAAAAAUGUGGAAAAAGUGUAGUGUUUUUUCUUGGGGGGUGGGGGGGGGGGGCGAUGUGCCGAGGGUUCAAAUCCAAGAAGUGGUAGCUAAGGCACUGCUUCUAAGUUCUAGUGGGGGUCUUUGAGACAAAAUGAGUCUACUUAUAAUUGUUUCUAUUAUAUUGUUAGUAAGUCGAUAUUGGGCUAUUUGUGGUGUUGUGCAAUAUCAGUUAAACCUUGCAAAAAGAAGUACUUAAGAUAAAAGGUUUAAUACAAAUUGUUUGUAUGUUAAAUAAAGGCUAAUGCCAUUGGUCACAUCAACAUAAAUAUUAAGUUUUGGGUACUUUUUGUGGGACAAAAAAAAACCACAAUUUCCACAGAUUUACAUUAAACUUUCAAAAUUUGAAGAUAACAACGGUACAAAGCAUCCCUUAAAAUAUUACUUGCUGACGUGCUGUAGUGUUUGAGAAAUUAGUAAAACAAGUCACAAAAUUA